UGUCUCUCAGGGACUCUCAGCCUGCUCUCCCUCUGCGGCCUCCUCCUUUGUGCAGACCAACUUUUGCACUCACAACAACCAAGAACCAUGGCCCAGCAACAACAGAUUAGCCUGCCAGCCAAACUGAUCAAUGGAGGGAUUGCAGGUAUGGUAGGAGUCACCUGUGUGUUCCCAAUCGACCUCGCCAAGACCCGCCUGCAGAACCAACGCAGCGGGCAGCAACUUUACAAGAACAUGAUGGAUUGCCUAAUAAAAACAGUUAAAUCUGAAGGCUACUUUGGCAUGUAUAGAGGUGCUGCAGUAAAUCUCACACUGGUAACCCCUGAGAAGGCCAUCAAACUAGCUGCUAAUGACUUCUUCCGCCACCAGUUGAGCAAAGAUGGCAGGUUGACAGUGUUCAAGGAGAUGUUGGCAGGAUGCUGUGCAGGAAUGUGCCAGGUCAUUGUCACCACACCCAUGGAAAUGCUUAAGAUCCAGCUGCAGGAUGCUGGAAGGCUAGCGGCCCAGCAGAGGGUGAUGCCUAGUGUAGUAACGACUCUGAAGAUGGGAGGGACCAGUGCCGUUCUUAGCCGUUCCUACAACACCAGCAAUGCACCUCAAGUCAUGCGAGUGUCCGCCACACAGAUCACCAGAGAGCUGCUGAGAACAAAAGGAGUCACAGGACUAUACAGGGGACUCGGAGCCACGUUGAUGAGGGACAUCCCGUUCUCUGUUGUGUACUUCCCUCUUUUUGCGCAUCUGCACCAGCUCGGCCAGCGUUCUCCUGAAGACCCAUCUGUACCCUUCUAUUGGUCCUUCAUGUCUGGCUGCUUGGCUGGAUGCAUUGCUGCUGUGACUGUCAGCCCUUGUGACGUGGUUAAGACAAGGCUACAAUCACUCAAAAAAGGAGCUAAUGAGGAAACCUACAAUGGAGUGGUGGACUGUGUCAGAAAGAUCAUGAGAAAGGAGGGUCCUGGAGCGUUCCUCAAGGGGGCCAGUUGCCGGGCCUUGGUCAUUGCCCCACUCUUUGGCAUUGCCCAGGUUGUGUACUUUGUAGGAGUUGGAGAGUUCCUGCUGGGGUACACCCCCUACAACAUCUACUCUGCAUAAACAAGCUGUUUGCUAGUCUUUCUGCCGCCUCAUUAAAUCACAGGCAGCUAUGCCCUGGGCAUAGCCAUGGACCCAGAUCUCUA